UAGUGUUUAAUCAUUUCAAAACAAUUAAAAUUACGUGCUAUUAUAAGAUAAAAAUGACUACAAAUAUUUGUAGAGUUUGUUUAAGUCAUGAUUAUUUAGUGAAUAUAUUCAAAAAAUCAGAAUUCCUUUCUAUAUCUGCUAAAUUAAUGUCUGUAGCAAAAGUGCAUAUAGCACCAGGAGAUGGCCUUCCAGAAACAGUAUGUUCAAAAUGUGUUCAGAAACUGGAUGACAGCAUAGAAUUUAUAGACCUGUGUGAAUCCUCUGAUAUGAAACUGAGAUCCUUACUAGAAAAUAAGAGCACAGAUGCUAAAUUAUUGAUAGGAAAUAUAAGAAUUAAUCCAGAUAGUAAUAACUAUAUUACUGAAAAUGACGGUUCUUUGUCACCUAAGAGUGAGGCAGAGAAAUUAUUUAUAGAUGAAAGUAUAGAUCACAGUUUGAUAGACCAAACAAAUUUAAAUGAAGAGUUUCUGGAUAAUGAAAUAGUUUUGAAAACAAAAAUAGAACAUGAUAUUCCAAGAACAGAAAAAAAGAAGUCUCGUAAACAACAAUGUUUUACUUGUGGUAAAGUUAUGUCUUCUAGGUUUCGUCUCAAGACUCAUAUGCAGACUCACACAGGGGAACGCCCCUACACCUGCCCUCAUUGUAAUAAGAACUUCUCUCUUGCACAGAACUUAAAAGUGCAUUUGCGAGUGCAUACAGGAGAAAAACCGCUACUUUGUCCUAUAUGUGGAGAUGCGUUUGCUCAGUCUGCUGGAUUAGCCGCACACAAGCGGAAACACUCUGGAAUAUUACCCUAUGUGUGCAAACUGUGUCCCCGCUCAUUCCGUACCAUUGGACACCUUCAGUACCAUACACGGCGACAUACAGGCGAGAAGAAUUUCGAGUGUGAUACGUGUGGCCGUGCGUUUAUUACGCGCAGUGAUUUAAAACGACACCUCCUGACACACACGGGGGCCCGUCCUCACGUGUGUAGUACCUGUGGAAUACGACUCAGGCGCAAUGCCGAUCUAAAGAGGCACAUGCAACUAACACAUAACAAAAGCGUCUACACAUGUGCUCAUUGCCCAGCAGACUUCUUGAAGAAAAGUGAACUAGAAAAGCAUGUCAAAACUCAUGCAAACUAAAGUUUUUCUGUCACAUUCCUUUAUUUAUUUAUUUUGUUUUUGAUUUUGAUACUUUGUAUGAGGCUCCAUUGCUCUGUAUAGAGCUGCACCUCAGAUACAAACAUGAUGAUUAUCCGUUGAAGCAGCGCGUGACUCACCCUCCUGCUUCGUCUCUUGUCCGUCAAUCCGUUGAUACGUCGCGCUAGACGACACAAUGCGCUAAUGGGGCAAGUAUAAAUAAUAUAUGAUAUAAGACGCUGAGCCGAUCCUUCUCUCCACCUCUUACUGGGCUACCUCUGGUAGACAGGACCGGGGCUAUACUAGAUACUUUUUGUUUUUAAGUUUUUUAUUUAUUGUGGCUAAGUAUUAACUAUUUGUAUUGUGUGAUUGUGUUAGUUAUCUAUUUAGGACUGAAGUAGGGACAAUCAGAUUCUCGGAAUAUUUGCUAAGUAUUCCUAGAAUCUUUCAUUUUAUUGUCUCAUGGAAUACUAAAAACAAAUAAAUGUUUUAUGGCUUACGUAACCAUGUAUUUGAUGAGAUAACUUAAUUGCUUCUCAAGCUAUGCUUGGGUUCAUAAUUUGUUAGUGUUGCACAACAAACUUGCUUGCGGGAGCUACUUUGCUACUUUUGAUUAGGCCCGUAUUCAUAGGUUUAGUUCUACUUAAUUCUAAGUUGUAAACAUUUAAGCAUUUAUUUUUCAUUGAGUAAUGUAAUUUGAAGCUUAUAUCAUGACUAAGUCGAGAUAAUAUCCUGAAAAAUAUUUAUAAGUACUGAAAAUACUUUUUGUGAUAUGUUAUGGCAACUAAUAAAUUAAAGUAUUUUGAUA